AUGAGCAAAUCUGAGAGCGGUGAGACCACAGGCCAUCAUGUAGAUACAGUUGACAGAUUUUCCUUCGGUCACUUGAGGGAAUUUCCUGAGAACGCACAAUUAGUUGAAGAGUCGUACAGCGACGAUGUGGUGGAUUCGAGCGCGAGUAUCUCAACGCUGAGUUCAGCUGGUUCGGUGGCAAGCAACCCCGUCGUGUAUAACAAAAGGAAGCCGAUUAGCGAAUGGCUCGAGGCGAAGAUGGCGACGCCGCUGUCUCUUCAGCGCAACAACAAACUGCGCCACUCGUAUCACGGGACGAGAGGACUCGCUUUGACUGGUCAGAAACUGCAACAAUCCCGUGACCCAGAUGUUGACCUCCAGCUUUAUGAUGACGCGGACAACCCAUCACCCCGCCUGGUUGAUUCAGGAGCCGCUGACCAACAUCCGUUUUUAAGUCCUGCGCCGACAGCUCGGCGCAGAAUUCGACCACCAAAAUCAAAUUCACC